UGUAUAGAAAAGUUUGAUAGAGAGAGAGUUUUUCUAUUUUGAUGGGGAUAAAAAAUAAUAAGUUUUCCGGAAAAAAGUAAAUAAAUUUUAGUAUCGAUGUUUAAUGUAUACAAUAGAAAUAAAUAACCGACUCAAUGGAUAACAUCAAAGUGUUGUGUUGUGCUAGUACUGUGUGCAAAUUUAUCGUUAAAGUUUAAAAGUGAAGCCCCAUAAUAUUCUUUGACUACUAGUUAUUUGCAUAUCCUUUUUCGGUUUCCUUUUCAAUCUUAUUGAGAAGAAAAGUUUUUUUUUCUUUUUUCAUUUCUUUUUAACCUCCAACAUCAAAAUUUAAGAUAAAUUUUUCUUGUGUGAAAAACCGUAACGCAAUUUUUGUUUUAUAUUUUUUUAAAUAACGAAACAAAAAAGAAAAAGGGAACACAAAUCUCCUUAAUAACAUAAAUAAAAAGUUUUUUUUUUGUAAAAUAUCAGUUUCAAGACGAGAAGAAAAGAUUAGUUUCUUUUCGAUAACUGGAGGCGAUUUUCAUACAAAACUUUUGAUUCAACUUUCUUUUUUUCGUGUGUUCUUCGAAGGGCCUACGAUAUCUGGUGUCGUCUGUGGAAAUUACUACUGCAUAAGGUAAGAUGAUAAUAAAAUGGCCCAUAAAAAGACAUCAAUUCUAUUACCGCAAGCAUUAGAUGAACGACAGCGAAUACGUUGUACAUCUGUCUCUGGAACGUCGACCAUAAGCAACUGUAGCAUAAUCCAGUAGGACCAAAUAUUGUAACACAAGUGUGGUGUAGCCAAAGUGUUCAAAUCAACGACAAAACGAUGUACAUCCAUUAUUAUAUGCUGUUUUUGCUGCUGUUCUCAUCGAAUAUGUCAAAAAUAUAUGGGUCAUCGUUACCAACACCAUAUGCUACAAAUGAAGAACUACCUGCAAUCAGCGCAACCACAAUACACCCAGAAAAUUCGCAACUCAACGAGAAUGAAUGGUUCGAUGUGACGAUAUUGGUGCUAAAAGCAUCAAUUAUGAUACUGAUUAUUGUGGCUGCUAUAUUCGGCAAUUUACUUGUUAUUGUGUCAGUGAUGCGAGUUAGAAAAUUACGAGUUAUCACCAAUUAUUUCGUCAUAUCCUUAGCAAUGGCCGACAUUAUGGUAGCUAUGAUGGCAAUGACAUUCAACUUCAGUUUUCAAGUAACUGGGAGGUGGAUCUUUAGCCAAUUUCUUUGCGAUCUUUGGAACAGUCUGGACGUUUAUUUUUCAACAGCCAGUAUUCUCCAUUUGUGCUGCAUUUCUGUCGAUAGAUAUUAUGCCAUAGUAAAACCUCUUAAAUAUCCAAUGACCAUCACCAAAAAGGUGGUUGCGGUUAUGAUUCUCAACACCUGGAUCUCGCCAGCUUUACUGUCGUUUAUACCAAUAUUUGCUGGUUGGUACACGACCGACGAACAUAAAUUAUUCAUUGCUAAAAAUCCGGAAAACUGCACUUUCGAAGUGAAUAAAGUGUAUGCAGUCGUUUCCAGUUCGAUAUCAUUCUGGAUACCCUGCACCAUAAUGAUUUUCACAUAUUUGGCAAUAUUCAGAGAAGCAAAUCGACAAGAAAAACAAUUGGCAUUGCGACAGGGCAAUGCAAUGUUAAUGCACCGACAUUCAUCGAGCGGAGGUGGUAACAAUGGAGAAGCAUUAAGUGGCUCUGGUUCAUCAAAAACACUGACAUUACAUGAAGUGGAUCAAGAACAUACACCAACUAAAGAUAGACAUCUAAUUAAGAUGAAAAGAGAACAUAAGGCUGCCCGAACAUUGGGUAUUAUAAUGGGUGUUUUCCUUCUGUGCUGGCUGCCAUUCUUUCUGUGGUAUCUCAUAACAACAUUAUGUGGCGAAGCUUGUCCCUAUCCCAAAGUUUUGGUGACUGUUUUAUUUUGGAUUGGUUAUUUCAAUUCCACCCUGAAUCCACUCAUUUAUGCUUAUUUCAAUCGUGACUUUCGCGAAGCAUUCAAGAGCACAUUAGAAUGUUUAUUUUGCAACUGGUGGAAACGUGGCCGCUUUCCCAUGGAGCUGGACGUGCGGCGAUCGAGUUUACGAUACGAUAGUCGUGCGAAAAGUGUUUAUUCCGAAAGUUAUUUGAAAUCUCAUCACCAACAAAGACGGACUAGUGACCUGUUGACGGAAAGUUUAUAGUAAAGAAAUUGAUGGAAAAUUUUGCAAAUCGUGCGUGAUGAACACGACAUUUGGUUUGUCAGUUUUGUUGGGAAAUUUAUUUUCUUUUCUUUUUUCUGUUUUCAUAACGAAUAAUAUAUUAUUCCUUUGCGAUAAAUCCAGUAGGAAAAAAAUAUUGGAUGGUUAAGGUGAAGUGUGUGUUAAGGGUUUUAGCCAGAAUUUAUUUGUUUUUCUGAAAUAUGUGUGCUCUGGGCUUUUUCGAAUAUGUAUAUCGUCCAGUGAGAUGUCGUGUGAUUAAUGAAUCAAUAAGUCGACACACGGUGAAAGUCCAAUGAGGUCUGAUACUGAGCGAUACGAAAGCAAUAAGAGCUUCCGCUGUUUCUCUGAAAUUGUCGAAUCAAUGACUUCCAUUGAAAACACUACCAAACGCUACAAUGAAUCCAUGAUUCACAUUUCGAAUUGUAGUUAUACUGUCAUUCGCAGUCUUUGUUUAUUGGAAUAAUUGUUACAUUUUCCAUACUUGUGAGAGUAUUUUAGCAACAAUAAGAGAGAUGAGAAUAAGAAGAGACAAGAUCCGAUUCAAAUUUUUGCAGUAGAAACUUAGAGUUAAAUUCAACCAACGCACUUCAAGCAAAAGUGGUACUCUAAAUAGGAUACUGAAACUUGGCAGUGCUUUAUACAAAAUUUUACACUGUAAAAAGAGUGGGGAUAAAAUUUCAUACAAAAAGUACUCUAUUUGGCAGCUGUCAUUAAUAGCACUUUUGCUGGAAGUGCGUUGAUUCAACUAAAUUUGUAUCUUAGUUUGCUUCAGGUGCUUUAACAGUUGGUCUACACACAGACACACUAAUUUUAUGCGUCCUUGACCACGAACGGCAUGUCGUUAUGGAUAUCAAUGGGUAACCCUUCAAAAGAUGUAUAAUCAGUGUGUUUGUAUGAAUAGAACAGCUGAAGCAAAUUUAGACAUCAAUUUGGUUGACUUUAACUGUAUUUUACAGUGGUCGUAGUUGUAUAUAGAAUAUAGAGAAUGAGAAGCAGUGGAACCUCUGUCAUUAUCGGUUGCGUCCGAACGAGAAAAUGAAACAUUGUCGAUUGUCAGCACACAAAAAUUUUGUGACAGCAUACAGUUGGCGCUGUCUCCGAGCCGAUCUUUUUCACACAUUUUCGUUUUUUUUUGUGUAAAAUGUAAUAAACACCAACACAAUCAUAUGAAGCUUUUACGGAGCGACUCGGAGACAGCAUUACACUAACAUCUUGCUGAGUAACUUUUCCAUUAAAUUCAAUUAAAAUAUUUUUCUGGUUACCAAUCAUCAAAAUAUAGAGCUGCAUUGAAUCUACUUAUACUUCAAUUGUUGUUAAGCAAUCGAGAAAAAAAAUUGUAACAAUCAAAAACAUUUUAUCUUAGAUAUAUAUCUGGAAAGAGACGAUCCAGGGGUGGAUUCCUAAAAAAAAUAUCAAAAAAUAGAAGUGGGAAAGAGAAAAGAAAACAAUAUUUUACAUUAAUUACUACAACGAUCUACUCUCUUGGAUAAAUAGUGAGAUGAUGAAUUUUAACAAAAAGAAAUAAGCAGAAAAAAUGUCACAGAAAUAAAAGUUAAUAAUAAAAUAAUUUAAAAAAAAUUAAAAGAAAUUUGAAAAGCAUUGAUUGUCUUCCGUUGCACUAUUUAAGUUAAACAAAACAAAACAAAACAAAAAAAAGAUAAAACUACACACACGAUUUUUAGGAAUAUAACAAAGUGAAAAAUCUUAUAAAAUUAAAACUAAAA